UCUGUCUCGUACUCCCAGUGUGAACCUGGUGAGCAAACACUUAGCCCGCACCUACCCAUCAGAGUGAUCCCUCCACUCAAAAGCGGUCUUCAUCUUCUACUUGAGCUUGCUGCACAAACUGCAGCACAGGAGGAGUCUGAAGAGCCUCAGAGAUGGUGCCACUCUACCCGAUUGUUCUCAGUAACAUAUGGCAGGUGGCAGCUGUUUACAGCAUGAUUCAGGACAGUGGAGUCAUAACAGCCAGAGUUGGAGAGAACGUGACUUUACAAUGUUCUAGUCAAGACAGUACAUUAACAUUUAUUUACUGGUUUCAGCAAAUCCUGAUGGGCAAACCUCAGCCAAUAUCAGUCACGAUGACGCGUCAAACAGAAGCUACCAUUUCUGCCGAAUACCAAGACAGGUUUAAAGUCUUUGUGCAAAACAAAAAAGGCAUCAAUGAUCUCAUAAUCUCAGAUGUUAAACUGUUCGAUUCAGCAAUGUAUUACUGUGGGACAGUGCCCUUUAAUGUUAUAGAGUUUGGACAGGGGGUUUUCCUUCAUGUAACUCCGUCUCAGUCCAUCCAACCCUCCAUCCAUCAACCGGCAUUGAUGCCACUUCAACUGGGGCAGAAUGGAAACUUGAGCUGCACAGUGAACUCUGAACCCUGUGCAGGAGGGCAAAUGUUUUACUGGUUAAAGCAAGGUGGCUCUCAGCCUGCAGUGGUGUAUCCCGGUGAAGGAUGGUGCAGCAAUGAGGGAAGAAAUUGCACUUCACACUUCCUGGUGAAGUCUGCAGGGUCCUCUGAUCCUGGGACCUACUACUGUGCCGUGGACACCUGCGGGAAGAUUGUUUUUGGAAACGGAACCAAGCUGGAAAUUGAAGAAUCUCCCAAUAUCAACUGUUUGCUGGUGUAUUCACUGAGCGUCGUAUUGGCGGUAUCCGUUGUUGUGCUCCUCGUCUUGGUUUCUAUGAUGUGCAAGCUGAAAAAUAAGAUGUGCUCUGACUGCAAAGGAACUGUUUCUCAGCACACAUGCUCUGCAGGCUCCAAUGAUCCUAACCAAGACGCACACGAUCUUCAUUAUGCUGCCUUAAGUGUGGGAAGGAACACCGAACGUCAUUUUCCGGAUAAUCCACCUGCCUGUGUGUACUCUGGACUGAGGAUCACAAAAGACUGAAGAACCACUUUGCAGUCUCAGAGGAAUGGAAUAAAUUCCCAUGGCAUGUUGCUAUUAUGUUCUGAAUAUGCAAUUUAAAAUUUUGUGGACAGAAACUAAACAUAUUCUUUGUCUAUAAUACUUGUUUUUGUUUUAACAGGUUGAAAUACCACAUCAUUGUUGAAAGUAUCAUUUUGUAGAUAUUAUCUGCACACCUGCAUUGACAGAUUAUUAAAAAGUUUAAAGUUUGACUUUCUCGAAUGAUUAUUGUGGGUGUCUCUUCAAUGUGCUUUUCCAAUAGAGGAGUAUCUUGAAUCCACUGUCCCUCCUACCUCUAUGUCAGAUAUGGUUCUCAAACACAGUCACAGUCUGUCGGCUCAUACGAUCUGAUUCUGGAUCGGUAUCAAACAAGGUUAUGAAAGUCCCUCAGCUUCUAUUGUUCUCUUUGCACUUUAUUGCUCGCAACGUCCGACUAACGCACAUGGUUAACAUUUGACUCGUGUGGUGAACGUGGUGUGAACUACAAAGUUUCCUUAGAUGGAAACUUCAGCCUCGGCACAGAUUGAACACACAAGCUGGCCUCCAGGUCACCGCUUCUUUAACCUCAAUGAGGCUCAUCUCACGAAUGAGCACAUAAAAGGAAAGAUUAACAGCAGGUGACACAAACAGGGACCU